AUGAUCGCCGACUGUGGGUUAAGGCACAGAUGCUCGAUGCCGUCACGCUGCUUGUCUUGUCUAAGUUCCAACGCUUCUGCCAAGAUUCCUUGCAUCCUCCACUCUCAUGUUCGGGUCACCUUGUUUGAGGGGCUCAAAACAGCUGCAUUCGGGCGAGACCAGUCCCUGCAUUAUGUCGGUACUGCCAGUUUGAACUUUGCAAAUCAUAGCCACCCCAUCUUUGAGUCAACUUAA